AUGCAGCAGGCGGCGACGCAGAUUCGACCAACGGCUGGCGCGGCCACCACGUCGGGGCAGUCGCGCACCUCUGCGGCUACCCCUCUUCCGAAUGCAUUUAUGCCUACCUCAGUGAUGCGCCAAAUGACCAAAAGCAGCAGUGCAUCGAGUGCAACUGGAGGCGGCGGCUCGCUGGAGGAGAAGUUUCGCUAUCCGAAUGGCCCUACUUCUUCGACUCAUCUGGGCGCAUUGAAGCCGAAUGUGGUACCGGAGCACAGUGGCAUCCCUCAGCGAUGUUCGUUUUAUUAUAUCAUUGGAUGCGUAAGUCAGAAUUGA